AUGAAAUUUAACAAAAUUUAAUAAAAUAUCUUUGAUAUUUCAGUAAUUUAAUUAGUAUUUUGUAAUUUAAUAUUUGCUUACAAAAUGUCAGCAAAUGUUUCGCCUGUUAAACCAUCAAAAUCACAGAAUUCAAUAGAAACAGUAGAAGAUUUCGAGAACCAAGAUACUUUGAUAAAACACGUAGAUAUAUCUAUCGUAGAGUCUGAGAAACGUGCAAAUGGAACACUACAUGUACGCGACCAUUAUACAGUCUAUUUAAUCGAUCUCAAGGUCAAGGAACCAGAUUAUAAACUAGUGCAGUCUAAGAUUAGCACUAUUUGGAGACGUUAUACAGAGUUUGAACAAAUUCAUGACUAUUUACAAGUGACAUACCCUCAUGUUGUUAUUCCUCCACUGCCAGAGAAAAGAGUUCUCUAUGCUUGGAAAAAAUCUGAUACCACCGACCCAGAGUUUAUAGAAAGGAGGCGGGCUGGACUUGAGAACUUUUUACUACGAGUGGCCUCUCAUCCGAGACUCUGCUUUGAUGAUCAGUUCCUCAACUUCCUUCAACAAGAGCAUGGCUGGAGGGAAACUAUUACUGACAGUGGAUACAUUCUUCAAGCUGAAAAUAAAUUGAAAUCUCUGUCAGUCUCAAUAAGACUAAAAAAACCCGAUCCAGAGAUAGAGAGCGUCAAAAACUAUGGCAAACAACUUGAAACUAAUCUAGGCAACUUUCUUUAUACAAGAUCAAAAAUAAUAGAAAAAAAUUAUGCUCUCUGUAAACUCCAUGCCCAUUAUGGAAAACUGUUCAGUGAGUGGAGUGUCAUUGAGAAGGAGAUGGGAGACGGGUUGCAAAAAGCGGGACAUUAUUUUGAUUUUAUAGCGGACUCUAUUGAGUCCAUAGCUGAAGACGAGGAACAGCUUGCAGAUCAGCUAAAAGAGUAUUUGUUCUAUGCCGCCGCACUUCAGCAGCUGUGCGCCAAUCAUGAGGCUUUGCAGAGGGCACUCGAGAAUGCCAACGAUGCCUUGAAUAGCCGGAUAUCGGAGCGCGAGCGCGCGGCGGCGGGCAAGGCGGGGCUGAUGUCGCGUCUGUUCGGCGGCACUGCCCCCGACAUCGUCCGCGACCAGACCACGCGCGCGCUCGACACCAAGAUCGCCGCCGACCGCGCCGCCAUACAGCACGCCGCUGCAGACCUCACGGAAUUUACAAAGAAAGCACUAGUUGAAAUAGAAUAUUUUCAAAAGCAAAAGGACAAGGACCUGCACGAGUCGCUGGUCAGCUACAUCACGCUGCAAGUUAAAGCUGCUAAAAAGAAUCUACACACCUGGAUGCAAAUCAAGGAGUGUCUACAGAACAUGUGAACACCAUAUCCAAAGAACCAAUAUUUGAAGUUUACUACAUAAAUAUAAAUUUUGUAUGUCGAGUGUACAGUAUUCACGUAAACGCUUGUAAAUUAUUUUGCGCAAAGUAUAAAGUUUUGUAAAAUCGAGGACGGAAACGACUUUCAUAAACGCAAUAAUUAAUAUAGCUAUUGAACAAAGUUCUCCCGCGAUGCCUAUAAGAUAAGCUACUCUACGGUGACGUCAUAAUCGAGUAGCAAUUUGUUUGGAGCAUUUCGGGCAGGACUAUUUUAUGACAUAAGUAUCUAUUUAAAUUAUUGUUCUAUCUUGGAAAGUUUUUUAGCUAACAGUAAUUCUUUCACCGAUGUUUCUAUUUCGGAAACGUCAUUUAAUUACCAUCACGAUAAAAAUAAUAUCAUCAUGCCUAUUCUAUCACGAGUUAUUAAACUCCA